AGCCAACUGCCUCUCUCCCUCCUUCUUCUUCUUCUUCCACACCGCCAACCCCAUUUCUACUCUCUCUCUUCUUCUUUCCAAAAUCGAACUGAAGAAUUGAUUUGGACAAACUAUGGACCCGAAGUUCACCGGAAAGCCUAUACCCAUCCCAUUUCUAUCGGGUCGGAUUGACCUUGACCAGAUGCCGGAUACUCCGACCCGUAUAGCACGUCACCGCCGGGCACAGUCGGAGACUUUCUUCAGGUUCCCUGACUUCGACGAUGACAUCCUCUUAGACGACGUCGUUGCUGACUUCAACCUUGACAUUUCGGCGCCGGCGUUGUCCCCUUCUACUGAUACCCACAUGCAGCCGGCGAAUUCAGCUGACUCGUCUUCAAACGGACUGGGUACUGAUCAUAAACCUAGACCGUUGAAUCACUUCAGGAGUCUUUCCGUUGACGCCGACUUUUUUGAUGGUCUGGAGUUUGGUGAAGCUGGAGCUACAACGCCCGCUGCGUCGGAGGAGAAGAAGAUGAUGGGUUUGGGUUCCGGUUCGAGUUCUCGUCAUAGGCAUAGCAAUUCGAUGGAUGGUUCUUUUUCUGCUGCGUCGUUUGAGGCUGAGAGCUCUGUUAAGAAAGCUAUGGCGCCUGAUCGGCUUGCUGAGUUGGCUUUGAUUGAUCCCAAGAGAGCCAAAAGGAUUCUUGCAAACAGACAAUCUGCUGCACGUUCGAAGGAGCGGAAAAUUCGUUAUACUAGUGAACUGGAGAGAAAGGUGCAGACUCUGCAGAGUGAAGCUACUACUCUGACUGCACAAAUCACGGUUCUGCAGAGAGACAAUAGUGGAUUGACUACUGAGAACAAAGAACUCAAACUACGGCUGCAAGCUUUGGAACAACAAGCCCAUCUUAGAGACGCUCUGAAUGAAGCUUUACGAGAAGAACUGCAGCAUCUAAAGAUAACAGCUGGUCAAAUGUCAGCUGCAAAUGGAAGCAGGGGGGCGCGUCCACAUUUCCCUCCCCAACCGCAGUCAUUUGUCCAAUGUGGUAAUCACCAUACUCAACAACAGCAGCCGCACAUGCCUCAGUCUACGACAAGUACCCAGAAUAUCGGUGGGCAGACCCAACCUAGCUUCAUGAACUUCAAUAACAGGGGUUGAAAAUGUCAAAGAAAAGGCAACAUGUUACUAAUGAGUAAUUAGCAUAGCGCCUUGUAUAUAUUGAUAAUGAUAUGUAAUGAAUAGUGUUACAGGCUGUGGAGUGUAUACUGAUCAGAUCACUUUGUACCAUUAUCAAAAUAC